AUGGCUUUGACUUCACCGACACCAGAGCAGCUGACUGUAGAGUCAUGGAGUAUGUACAGUGUUGGGGUAUUGUUGAUCACUGGGAGAAUAUACUCACGCUGUCUUAUUCUCAAUGGCUUCCGUAAUCUCCAAACAGAAGACUUCCUCAUGAUCUUCAAUGCUGUAAUGUACACAAUCCUCAUGGCCGCAAUCAACGUCUCCGGUCGUACCGCUACAAACCUGUUGGAGCCAGGAACCUUAGAAACCCUUACCCCCGAUGACAUUCAAAUUCGGAUAUACGGCAGCAAGAUUGUGAUACUGCUGGAGCAGGCCAUGUUGAUAUUAAUAUGGGGUAUCAAGGGAUGCAUGAUACUGAUGUACAACCGUCUAACCACCCGUCUGCAACAGCAGAUGUUAGUGAGAGCUGUUGGAGUUUAUGUCGCCGCUGGAUUCGUUGCGAUUGAGUUGGCUUGGUUUUUGAGCUGUCGGCCGUUCAACGGAUAUUGGGCGUUGCCGGUUCCUAUGGAGCAAUGCGCGACCUAUCAGCACUAUUCGAUCGUUCAGGCGAGCUUCAAUAUCUCAUCGGAUUUGAUGAUGUUAGGCAUCGCUAUACCGUUGUUUCUUAGGGCCAGGGUGCCCAAUAAGAAAAAAUUAAUUCUAGUAGGCAUUUUCGGCUGCGGUAUCUUUGUCAUCCUCGCCGCAAUCCUAAACAAAUAUUACAACUUCUCCAACCCUUUCACAACUAUAUACAUGCUGUGGUACAUCCGCGAAGCCUCUACAGCAGUCUACGUCUCUAACCUGCCGAUGCUAUGGCCCCUCUUCCGACGAGCCUUCAACAUCGGCACAUUCCAGGAACGCUCGACUCCAAAAAACAACUCCCAACCGCUAUCGGACAUGUCCAGGAAGAAGGGCACGCUGACAUCUUUGGCCGGCAGCGAGGACCGGAUCACACGCGAGCCGGCGCUCGAGAUCGAUCAGAGGAUCUCGUUCACAGUCGAGGAGUAUAGGGGUGAAGGGAAGGGCGGGGAUGUGGAUCUUGAGAUGGCGUGUAAAGUGAGUCAGGAGAGUAUUCGCCCACACAGCGGGUAUGGGAGGGGAGUUUGUGUGCACAAUUAUAAGGCGGAAGUUUCGGCCGGUACUCCAUGA